AUGACAAGACCGCCAUGGCUGAUCCCGAGGUCCAUUUGUUCUCCGCUCGGCACGUUAUUCCCCCCGUCUCCCCCGUGCUCUCCCAUCGCCCGUCCCGUCGCCCUCGCAUCGCCUUCCCGCUCGCCCCUUAUGUCGCCUUCGCGCUCGCUCCUCCUGUCCCUUCUUGCACCUUCGCGCUCGCCCCUCCUGUCCCUUCCCGUCGCCUUCGCGCUCGCCCCUCCUGUCCCUCCCGUCGCCUUUGCGCUCGCCCCUCCUGUCCCUCCCGUCGCCUUCGCGCUUGCCCCUCCUGUCCCUCCCGUCGCGUAUCCUCUCUCCCUUCUUCCUCCAUCUCUCCCGUCGCCCUUCCUCCCUCCCGUCGCCUAUCUCCCGUCACCUAUCCUCUCUCCCGUCGCCCUUUCUCUCCCCCGUCGCCCUUUCUAUCCCCCGUCGCCCUUUCUCUCCCCCGUCGCCCUUUCUCUCUCCUGUCGCCUUUCCUCCCUUUUGUCGCCCUUUCAAUCUCCCGUCACCUACUCUCUCUCCCGUCGCCCUUUCUCUCUCCCAUCGCCCUUUCACUCUUUUGUUGCCUUUCCUCCCUUCCGUCGCCCUUUCUCUCUCCCGUCGCGUAUCCUCUCUCCCUUCUCCUUUCAUCUCUCCCGUCGCCCUUCCUCUCUCCUGUCACCCAUCCUCUCUUCGGUCGCCCUUUCUCUUUCCCGUCGCCCUUUCUCUCUACUGUCGCCUUUCCUCCCUUCCGUCUCCCUUCAUCUCUCCCGUCGGCCUUUCUCUCUCCUGCCGCCCUUCGUUUCUCCCCUCCCAUCACCCACCUCGGCGCCUUCGCGCUCGCCCCGAAAUGCUUGCCCAUCGCCUUUCUUCUCUCCCCUCCCAUGA